UUUCAGGGGUCUCUUCUUUUCAUAUUACCUCUAUAAUCAAUUUGGCAUGUAUACAUAGUGAAUGCACUGUUUCUUGACGCACGCCCAGACCCGGGCGAUAUGCUUUGAGACUGGACGAGCCCAUGCUUCCUUCGACCAUCGAUCCAGAAACACCAGUCCGUGUCAACCCCCCGGGGCAAGCCCUAUCUAUUCAGUAUGUACUACUACGGAGUACUACUACAUACAUUCUGAAGAAAGGGGGGCUGCAACAUGCCGACGAGCAGACGAAAUCCUGCAGGGCCAUAAUGGGGAGGGUCUUGGCGGCGACCUCCGCACGUGCCAGACGCGUCGUCGGGCUGGAGAUGCGCGCGCCGUCCGAUUAUUACAGCGCCCAGUUUCCCCGGCACACAAUCCUCCUUCACCACAAGUCCACGACCAACAACAACAAUAACAAUAACAAUGGAGUGGACUCGAGUCUAGUGUCUUCGACUCGUCUACCGUUCUCAUAUCCUUCAUUUUCCCCCUCAGUCAAAGGCCGUUCGCUUCUUCCUUUCCCCCACGGCCCUCCCUCUCGUCGCCCUCUACACACAUACCUACCCGCGUUCUACCCACUAAAUAGUCCACCGUGAUUGCUUCUUCGUGUCGGUUCGAGGGUUAGAAAACCUCCCAUUCCCUCGCCCUCCCUCUCGCCAUGUAUCUCCCUCGACAACUCAUCUCCCAUCUCUACCAACAACUCCUCCGCU